AUGGAGCUCCUGGGAGCAGCCAGUGUUGUCCUCCUGGUUUGUGUUCUCGGCCUCCUCUCCUUCACAGCAUGGAGAGGGAGGGCUGCCAAAGGCAAGAUGCCGCCAGGACCGGCCCCGCUUCCCGUCAUCGGUAACUUGUUGCAGGUGAAACCAAAGAACAUGGCCAAAACCCUCGAGAAGCUGAGUGAGGAGUACGGCCCCGUGUUCACCGUGCAGCUGGGCUCCGACCCCGUGGUGGUGCUGCACGGCCGCGACGCGGUGAAAGAGGCCUUGGUGGACCGUGCCGACGAGUUUGCGCGCAGGGGCACCAUGCCGGUGGGAGACAGGGCCAACAACGGGCUGGGGAUUAUCUUCAGCAACAACAAGGAGUGGGUGGACGUGCGGCGCUUCGCUCUCACCACCCUGCGCAACUUCGGCAUGGGGAAGCGGAGCAUUGAGGAGAGGAUCAUGGAGGAAGCCGAGCACUUGCUGGAGGAGAUCAACAAGACCAAGGGAACCCCUUUUGACCCGACCUUCCUGCUGAGCUGCUGCGUCUCCAACGUCAUAUGCGCCGUCGUCUUUGGCAAACGAUACGACUACAAAGACAACAAGUUCCUGGGCCUGAUGAACAACAUGAACAACAUCUUUGAGAUGAUGAACUCCCUCUGGGGACAGCUCUACCAGAUGUUCUCAAAGAUUCUGGUCUACUUGCCUGGCCCCCACAACAAUAUAUUUGACGAAUUUAAUGCUCUAAAAGCCUUUGUGGCAGAGGAGAUGAAGACACACCAAGCCUCCCUGGACCCCAGCUCACCCCAGGACUUCAUCGACUGCUUCCUCAUCAAAAUGCAGGAGGAGAAAGAUCAGCCCAAUUCCAGUUUCCACACGGAGAACCUGAUAACCACCACCUUCGACUUGUUCAUUGCUGGUACUGAGACAACCAGCACCACCAUAAGAUACGGACUUCUGCUGCUUCUCAAACACCCACGUGUACAAGAGAAAGUCCAAGAGGAGAUUGACAGGGUGGUGGGACCGUCCCGCAGGCCCUGCGUGGCCGACAGGAGCCAGCUGCCCUACACGGAUGCCGUGGUGCACGAGAUCCAGCGCUUCAUCGCCCUCGUGCCCCUGGCUCUGCCUCACACCGUGGCCAAAGACACCCCCUUCAGACAGUACGUCAUUCCCAAGGGCACCACAAUCUACCCCUUGCUCAGUUCUGUCCUCCACGACAGUAAAGAGUUUCCAAACCCCCUUGAGUUCGACCCCGGACAUUUCUUGAAUGAGAAUGGCACCUUUAAGAAGAGCGAGUUCUUCAUGCCCUUCUCAGCAGGGAAGCGGAUAUGCCCCGGGGAGGGCCUGGCACGCAUGGAGAUAUUCUUAGUCAUCGCCACCAUCCUGCAGAACUUCACCCUGAAGCCUGUCGUCGACUCCCAGGAACUCGACGUAACCCCGACACUGAGUGGGACAGGCAACGUACCUCCUGCCUACCAGCUCCGCGCCCUGCCCCGCUGGGAAGGAUAAACCUCCCUCCCUGGUGGCCUGAGAUCUCCUACACCUUUACUUACAAAGCCCUUACUUAAACCCACCAGCAGCAGCAUUGAUGUGCACGGAGUGGACAUCUCCAAAGCCUCCCAGGGGUGCUUGAGGCCCAGGGUGCCAUUCAGCCUGGUGCUGCACACAGUGGCACGGGCUGGCUGGGUGCAGUGGCUCCAGCAAACAGCUCAUCUUCUCACAAACAUCCCUCACAGGG